GGAGAGGACUCGGAAUACAGGCGUGAUCUCGUGCACAGUGUGUCUGGAAGAGUUCCAGACUCCAAUAACUUAUCUCUCUGAACCAGUUGACGUGUACAGCGAUUGGAUAGACGCCUGUGAGGCAGCCAAUCGGUAGCAGACCCUGCCCUCUGAAGGACUGGCAGUUAGCAGCAGUUCCAAGGACUCUAAUGUUACUGGCGAAGCGAGGGUUAACACCGCAGCACCCAAUCCAGGGAACUUUGUGUGUGUGUGUGUGUAAUCUUUCUUUAUAAAAAUAUUUGUUUUCAUUUUA